AUGAUUCAAUUGGCUCCAUUUUCUUUCUAUGUUAUAUCUUCUGAAUAUGUCUCUGUCACUGAAAAAAAUAUUCACAUAGGAAAUAUUGUUUGGCAGGUUACCAUUAUGUUUGUGACUCUUGAAAAACUUGCCCAAACUGAACCAAAAUAUGCUGAAGUAUUUCUUCUAGAAAACUAUGCCGCAUUUCAGAACAGCUUAUAUGACCUGGCCAAUGUUGUACAGACUUUGGCCAAAUUUUAUCACCAAGCAAGUGAAGCAUAUGAACAAGCAUGCCAACGUCAUCUCAGCAUGAUAAUAUACUUUCAAUUUGAACGACUUUUCAUGUUUGCUAAAAAGAUUGAGGAUUUAAUGUUUACUAUUCCACCAGAAGAGAUACCUUUCCAGCUUGGAUUGUCUAAAAUGGAUCUCCGGAAGACGUUAAAAUCCAGUUUAUCCGGGGUUGACAAGUCUAUUGCUGCAAUGUAUAAGAAGUUGCAGAAGAACUUGACCUCCGAGGAAUUGUUACCUUCUUUGUGGGACAAGUGCAAGAAGGAGUUUCUGGAAAAGUAUGAUAGCUUUGCCCAGCUUUGUGCUAAAAUUUACCCCUCGGAAACCAUCCCGUCGGUGAACGAAAUGAGAGAGCUUCUUGCUUCCAUGUAAAGGGAGAGCAUGUUUCUGCACGGCAUAAUCUUUUUUUGGUUCUAUUUGAAGUAAGAGGUGCAAUAGACAAU